ACUAAGUGUAGAACAAAAGCACUACUAUUACUAACUAUCUAUCUAUCGUACAUAAUAUCCAAUUCCAAUGCCGACAGACAGCCACUCGCCGGCACGGCCAACCAUCACCCUGCCGCCGCGUCCCAGCCUGGAGUCCUUCCUGUCGUCGGCAGGAAUAAGCCCCGGUCCCAUGACUCUGGUGUCGUCGUUCUUUGCGGACGACUACUCCCCUUCACCUUCUUCCUUCUCUCAGCUCCUCGCGGUUACGCCGUCUCCUCUCUUCACCGUGCCACCUGGCUUCAGCCCUUCCGCCUUCCUCUUCUCCCCUACGCACCCUCAGAGCCCCUUUGGGAUGUCACAUCAGCAGGCUUUAGCACAGGUUACCAGUGAAGCUGUGAUAGCACAAUCACAAGGGCAAAUGCAGAUUGAUGAAGAUGAUGCUUCAGAGAAGAAUGUAGAAGUAUCUAUGUUUGAAACUUCUCAGAUGUCCAAUAAUGCUGACAAGAAGUAUCAGCAGCCUUCGUCCGUGGUGGUCAACAAGCCUGCGGACGAUGGCUAUAACUGGCGAAAAUAUGGACAGAAACAGGUUAAGGGGAGUGAGUUUCCGCGGAGCUACUACAAGUGUACACAUCUGAGUUGCAAUGUGAAGAAAAAGGUUGAGCGUGCCAUUGAUGGUCACAUAACAGAAAUCAUCUAUAAAGGGCAGCAUAACCAUGAAAAGCCUCAUUCCAAUAAGCGUAAUAAAGAUAACAGUGAUUCAAAUGAAAGUGUAAGCAUUCAGCCUAAGUCUGAGUUGAGUUGGGUUGGAAAUUCGGAUAGUUUUGGCAAAAGCUUUUCUGAUUGUUCGAUCAGCGAAGAUUUGGGUGGUGUAGAUAUGAGGGAAGAGGAGGGAGGUGAUGUUGAACCAAACCCCAAGAGAAGGAACAUUGAUGUUGAGGUUUAUGAAGGACAUCAAACGACUGUGACAGAACCCAAAAUCAUUGUCCAAACAAGAAGCGAAGUUGAUCUUUUGGAUGAUGGCUACAAGUGGCGCAAGUAUGGGCAGAAAGUGGUGAAGGGUAAUCCUCAUCCAAGGAGCUAUUACAAAUGCACAAGUGCAGGGUGCAACGUGCGAAAGCACAUCGAGAGAGCUUCAAUGGAUCCGAAAGCAGUGAUAACAACUUAUGAGGGAAAACAUAAUCAUGAUGUGCCUGCUUCCAGAAAGAGCAGCCAUAACACUUCAAAGCCGCAUAAAGCGGUGCCUGAGAAGCAUCCGGAUAUGGAUUUCGGAAACAGCAACCAAAGACCGAUACAUUUAAGCUUGAAAGAAGAGCAAAUCAUAGUAUGAAUGAAACUAUGAAGUUAAUUAUAGAACUCACCUGGUAGAGAAGGACAUUGUGUAGAGGGUGAUCAAGAAGGCAAUAUGUAAAUUAUUAAUUUCUGUAUGUUGAUACUAGUUGUUUUAAGUAUGAUUCUAAAACUAAAUCUAAUUAUCUAA